AACAGGAAACGGAAAUUGAAUCAGUUCUGAAAACAAUUUCAGUUAUCGAAGGUCAGAAGUUCUAAACGUGAGCUACCAUACACAACAAUGCCAAGAAGAGGACGAUCAUCGCCUGCUAGGGCUCCAGCACCUAUGAGGUCGGCACCUGUGAGGCCAGCACCUGCGCCACUACCUGCUCACCCACCACCUGCUGCUCCACCAAUGAUGGCGCAGCCUAAACAGCCAGGGUUGUUUGCACAGAUGGCUGCAACAGCGGGUGGUGUAGCUGUUGGGUCUGCAGUGGGCCAUGUUGUUGGUGCUGCCAUUACAGGAAGUGGUGGACGCAGCCAGGAGCCUGCCCCCGCACCAGCUGCACCUGCUGCACCAGCCCCUGCCGCACAUCCUACAUACAACUAUGAUCCAAACUCAAAUCCAUGUCAAUACCAGCUUCAACAGUUUCUGGAGUGCACACAAACACAGUCUGACAUCAGCCUUUGUGCUGGUUUCAAUGAAGCUUUGAAGGAAUGCAAACUCAGAUUUGGUUUACAGUAAACUUACCCAUAAGAUGAUCAGCCACCUUUAGUCUUGUUGGGUUUCAGCUGUGGACAAAUUGUUGUCCUUGGUACUUGUGACUGGAUGCUAAGAAGUGAUUGAGCAGUUGGUUUCAUUGUCAAUAGAAUUUUUUUUUUAUAUACAUUUCAAAAUUUCUCUCUCUCUCUAUUUUUCUAGUUGUGAAUUAUGGAAGGUUAUGUAAAGAAUGUUAUUUUACACAAGCGAAUGUAUCCAGUUAUAUAUGGCAGUAUUUAUUAUGUUGAUCACUCAUUAUAGUUGAAACAAUGCUGUUGACGAAGAUAUGGAACUUAAAAGUGACCUGGAAUAAACAUUAUUGCAAAACAAAAAAACAA